AGCGCGUACCGUGCGCGCGGAGGUGGGCGUGUCCUCGUGGAAUUUAGAACGUUGCUUCAGCCAAUGGGGCCUCGCGGCCGGCUGGCGGGGCUCCUCAUUGGAGCAGCGGACAGGCGAGCGGCGGGCCCCGGGAGGGAGCCGCGGAGGUGCAGGUCGGAGAGGCCGGGCUACGCCGUGCCCUGCGCGUGAGCAGCUGCGGCGGCGGAGGCAGCAUCCAGCGGCGGUGCCAGCACUUCCAGCCCGUUGCUUUACUUUUUGCUGCACCAACAUAGUCAUUAUGCCGAAGAGAAAGUCUCCAGAGAAUACAGAGGGCAAAGAUGGAUCCAAAGUAACUAAACAGGAGCCCACAAGACGAUCUGCCAGAUUAUCAGCAAAACCUGCUCCACCAAAACCCGAACCUAAACCAAGAAAAACAUCUGCUAAGAAAGAACCUGGAACAAAGCUUAACAGAGGUGCUAAAGGGAAGAAGGAGGAAAAGCAGGAAGCUGGAAAGGAAGGUACUGCACCAUCUGAAAAUGGUGAAACUAAAGCUGAAGAGAUCCACAUCUCUCGCUCAUCUGUUAAUGUCUCAACCUCCAGAGGUACCCCACCCAGCACACUGUCAGUAAAGGGGCAGAUUGAAACAGUGAGAGUUAAGGGUACAGUAGAAAAUUCUGCAUGUUUGCAGUGACUAGAAUCAGAUAGUAGUGUGGUGUUUUUUAUUAUGAACAGUGGGAGCUUGCAGGUAAGGCUUCUGUGGCUGUUCAAAAAGCAGAAAGCAAUAUAUGCAACAAAGUGUUUGCGUAAUAUAUUCCUGCCUUGUCUGUUUUAUACCCAGAAUUGAAAUACUGCAAAAAAAAAAAAAAAAAAUGUUCAGAAGUGUGUGUGUUGGUGGGUGGAAUUUUCUUUCGUUAUAGUAGUUUUAGUAGUAACUACAUCUUUUUUUUUUCCCUUUCUUUUUCACAGGCACAGAAAACUGAAUCUGUAGAUAACGAGGGAGAAUGAAUUGUCGUGAAAAAUUGGGGUUGAUUUUAUGUAUCUCUUGGGACAACUUUUAAAAGCUAUUUUUACCAAGUAUUUUGUAAAUGCUAAUUUUUUAGGACUCUACUAGUUGGCAUACAAAAAUAUAUAAAGAUGGACAUUUUACCCUCUCAUAGUCAUGCUUUUUGGAAAUUUCCAUCAUCCUCCAGCAAAAUAAAUAUCAAUUUAAUAUUGGAAGCUGUGUGUAAAAUUGAUUCAGCAUUCCAUGCAUUUGCUUUAAAAUUUUAGUCCUGUGCAUACUGUGGUGUUUAUACUGUGCAUAUUUGGAUUUUUCAUGCAGUUUUUCUAGAGCAAUAAUCAGUGGUGCUUUUGUAUCUAGGUUUUAUGUGAUUUUAAUGAAACAUGGAUAGUUGUGGCCACCUGCUGACUAUUUGUGGUUUAAAAUAAAAGGUUUUCUUGUCUGCAAAA